AUGAUGGACAGGCAGAGCCCUGAAAAGACAGAGGGAGGAGGAGAGCGUGAGACCAAUGGAACUGCUGCUACUGUCACUGUCACCUCUAACACCAAAGCAAUUACAGCGGUUGCCAACAACAACGCCAUGACGACAACAGCCAGCACCACGCCCCCACGCAGUCAGGCCCCUUCCACCUCUCUGGGCACCGCCCCUAUAGAGAGCCAGGCGGUUCAGGUGAGAUAGGGGACAGGGAGGGAGACAGAGGGGACAGUGUCAGUGUGUGUGGUGAACUUCAAAUAAUGAAGCCACUAGUCUGGGUUUCAGUUUUAGCUAACAUUCCAUUCCUUCUCAACGUUGAAAAUGUAGCCGAAUUUACUGCAGUUGCUGAUUGGUAGUUGAAAACAACACUCAUAUUUUCCAUAACAAUGUUAUGGAACAUGGGGUGCGCGCAAAUUUGCCGCAAUAAGAACACCAACAAACAAUAUCGUUAUGACCUGCUGCGAUCAUUCUCUUGUGAGAAGGCAGUGUCAAUGAAGAUCAUGUUGUUCAAAGUGUCUAGAGGACUCCAUAAUGAGAGAGAUAAAUAAUGAUAUGGAAAAUAUUAGCCUACAAGAUUCAAUCGAGCCAAGUUUGCUUCAGUUGCAUGCCAUUAAUGAGAGGAAAGAAACGCAAACCUGCCACCUGUCGUCAUUCCUCGCACAUAUGCUAAUCAUCAUGACUUGCUUAGGCCUACAUGUGUAAAACGUUGUAAUGCUCAUUUCAGUUAUAUUAUUUGUCCCUCCUCUCUUGUUAAGAGAUGGAGUCCAGACAGGCUGCUUUAGGAAGUACACACACACCCUGAAAGGACCAACCCAGCAAAUUGGUCAGUGUUGAUUUUUCAGUGUAACAUUUCUAGUGUUGAUUCAGGAGUUACAUUCACUCUGUAAGAGUGAAAUUAACACUCAGUGGUCUAAAAUAACCCCUAGUGUUGGUGUUAAUAACCAGAGUUAUUGUUUUACAUUUUGGAGAGUAAAACAGCCCAUCAAAACCACGCCCAUCAUUAUCAUAUUUCCCAGCAUGCACUAUAGCAAGUAGAUAUUUUAAUUCUUGUUUUUAAUAUCUGUGUUUUUGCAUGUACAUUGAUUGAUUAAUCAUAUGCUACACAAAGAUAAAUAACAUAUAUAUUUCUAAACUAAUCCAAUCAGUUAGUUAGAGUUUUUGCACCCGUUACUGAAAUUGUUUUUCCAGGUUUAAUGGUUAGGUAGUCUUCUUAUCAACUAUCCUAACUCUGACAGUCAUUCUGAAUGCAGGCUGCGGGUGAAUAAAAAUGCCAACUUUUGGAUAUCCUAACGGUGUCUCAUAUUGAACUGCAUAUUAAACGUUGAGAUUGCUGAAAGACCCGUCUCUUUGGCAAAUGACAGGACUGGCAAGGAGUAGAAUGUUAGCUAAAAAGACUGUCUUCAUUUGAACACCACUUUGCAAGCCAACAUAAUUUGACUUUGAGGCCUGAUGUGGCCUGUAAACCAGGAGUUUCCUAACACCACUGGGUUAUGGUAAAACUAGGCCAUCAAAGUAAGGCCUUAUGACAGGGCUGCCCAACCCUCUUUAGGGAGAUCUACUGUCCUGUAGGUUUUCAGUCCAACCAUUAUUUAGCAUAUCUGAUUCAGCUAGUUAAGGUCUUGUUGAGCAGCUAGCUAAUAAGUAGAAUCAGGUGUGUUAAAUUAGGGUUGGACUGAAAACCCACAGGACCGUAGAUCUCCAGGAAAAGGGUUGGGCAGCCCUGCCUUAUGAUAUACAGUAUGUAUGGUAUUGUCAUAGUUUAAUUUGAAUGGUAGCAUUCGCCUAGGUACUCACUUGGUGAAAGUCACAAGCCUUUAUAAGGAAAUAAUUCAAUAACCAUGUCUCUGUCACAAAAAAGUACAGUCAUGGGUGGUAACUCAAAACAUUCCCUAGAAAAGAAAAGGCAAAUUAGGCUUUACACCAUACAGUUUUAAAACAACACCCAAAAAUGAUUUACUGUAACACUACAGGUGUUCAUUUCUUGCACUGAGAAAGUUUAACAGCGUCAGCACUAAGCAAAGUGUGUCCAGUUUACUCUAAAUGAAGUGUUGUGUUUUACACUGUAGUAGAGCUACGCAAACAUCACAAUCGAGUUAAUUUGAACACUUUAAGAGUUGAAUGGGGAACACUGCAACAGAGUUAAAUCUUUAACACUUUCAAACGUGUUAUGUUAGUAGGCCUACAGUGGGACGCAUAUGUUCACUGAAAAUAGUGUACAUUUUACACUUUCCGAGUUAAAUGGGGGACAAUGCAACAGAGUUAAAUCUUUAACACUUUCAAACGUGUUAUUAACACUGGUACAGUGGGACUUAUAUGUUCACUGAGACAGCUAUAGUAUUACUAGAGACGUUGGUUAUGUAAUUAUUAUCCCAGAUUGUACCUUAUUCCAGAGGAAGAUUUGUUUUUAGUUUUUCCAAACAGCCCCCUGUAAUAAUUGUUUUAUUCAAUUGAGUCUAAGACGGAAGCCUGGUGGUUUUUAUUCUAGGUGUGAAGAUAUUUAAUCAUCAUGACGAUAAAAGGCUUCAGUGAUCACUCGUGCUUGGCUGCAAAAUGUAUACAGUGGCUGUCCCUAUAGGUCUUAUUUAUAAAUUGAGGAAAUGUGAUUGAUCAUAAUCAUUAUUUUAGCGAUCCACGUUAGACGUCCCUCGUAAUGAAAAGGCCCCCCAUUCUGCUGAUGUGAGCUGCUGGGCUCCAACGCUGGACAGCGCAGUUGGUCACUAACGUUAUGGAUGAGAAAGUGAACUUGCCAUUUCCAAAAAGGAGCUCAGUGGGAAAUUGGGGAAGUCUUGCUUUGUGAUCUGUUGCCUACGCCAACAGCACUAGGGUUUCAUUAAAUAGGCCUAGGCACUAUACUUUUUUUAUUGCACAAUUCAUUAAACUGACGCAUUUGGCAAUGGUCAAAAUCAAAUCAAAUUGUAUUUGUCACAAGCGCCGAAUACAACGGGUGUAGACUUUACCGUGAAAUGCUUGCUUACGAGCCCUUCCCAACGAUGCAGAGUAAAAAUAUAUAUAUAUUUUUUAAAGUAAUGAAAGAUGAAUAAAAACACAAGAAGGAAGCUAUAUACAGGGAGUACCAGCACCAGAUCAAUGUGAAGGGGUACGAGGUAUUUGUGGUAGAUAUGCCCAUAAAGGCAGAGUAAAGUGACUAGGCAUCAGGAUAGAUAAUCAUAAGAGUAUGAAUAAAGAACAGAGUAGCAGCAGCAUAUGAUGAGUGUGAAAGUGUGUGUGUGUGUGUGUGUCCAUGUAUUUGUGUGUGUUGUGUCAGUAUGCGUGUGUGUGUUAUGCGUGUGUGUGUGCAUAUGUAGUGUAUGUGUGUGUGUGUGAGUGAGUGGGUAUAUAGUGUGUAUACUGUAUAUAGUCUUGUGAGUGUUCAUAGAGGGUCAAUGCAGAUAGUCCGGGUAACCAUUUAAUUAACUAUUUAGCAGUCUUAUGGCUAUUGAGCAGUCUUAUGGCUUGGGGGUAGAAGCUGUCUUGGAGAGCCGAAGCUCCGGUACUGUUUGCUGGACGGUAGCAGAGUGAACAGUCUAUGGCCAUUUUUGGUGCCUUCCUCUGACCAGCAUGAUAUAGAGGUCCUGGAUGGCAGGUAUCUCGGCCCCAGUGAUGUACUGGGCCGUCCACACCACCCUCUGUAACACUUUGCGAUCGAGGGAAGUGCAUUUCCCAUACCAAGCAGUGAUGCAGCCAGCCAAGAUGUGCAACCAGAGGCGUCUUGCCCAUAGGGGACACAAAGGCAUGUGGCCCCUCAGAUCUGUCCUGUAAAAAAAAAAAAAAUGUUUGGUUGUUCAUUCUCUGUAAUACUACUAGCCACCUAGCAAUUUUAUGAAAUUGGCUUUAGCUAGCCCAGAUAGGUUCCCAAUCUCAUAACUAGCUACCAAGUUAGAGUAGCUAGCUUGCUAACUAUCUUAGCUGGUAUGCCUGCUGGCAAGGUUGGUAGACUUUAGAAAAGCAAGCAAUUACUAAAUGUACUGAAUAAUACUCACAUUCCUUUGAAUCUUUUACACAGAUUUUAGCAGAGAUGCAAAUUUAGUUUCUUUAAAAAAUAAACACCUGUCAGGAGGAUACAGACAGCUCAAGAGGUAUGCUUAGAUAUGCAGAAAAAUAAACAUAUUAACAUAGAAUUAAGCAUAAUGAUUAUGGCUCUACAUUACAGGAAAAAUCUGUUUUAGGUGUUUAAAAAAAUGCCAAUAUGCAUGACGCCCCUGUGUGCAACUAUAGAACCUUUUGAGGAUCCGAUGGCCCAUGCCAAAUCUUUUCAGCCUCCUGAAGGGGAAGAGGCGCUGUCGUGCCCUCUUCACGACUGUGUGGGUGUGGGUGGACCAUGUUAAGUCCUUAGUGAUGAGGACGCCAAGGAACUUAAAGCUCUUAACCCGCUCCACUACAGUCCUGUUGAUGUGGAUUGGGCGUGCUCUCCCCUCUUUCUCCUGUAGUCAACAAUCAGCUCCUUGGUCUUACUGUUAAGGGAGAGGUUGUUGUCCUGGCGCCACACUGUCUCAUUGCCGUCGGUGAAAAGGCCUACCAGCGUCGUGUCGUCAGCAGACUUGAUGAUGGCGUUGGAGUCGUGCAUGGCGACGCAGUCGUGGGUGAACAGGGAGUAAAAGAGGGGACUAAGUACCUGGGCCCCCGUGUUGAGGGUCAGUGUGGCAGAGGUGUUAUUGUCUACCAUCACCACCUGGGGCUGGCCCAUCAGGAAGUCCAGGAUCCAGUUGCGGAGGGAGGUGUUCAGUCCCAGGGUCCCGAGCUUGGUGAUGAGUUUGGAGGGGAGUAUGGUGUUGAACGCUGAGCUGUAGUCUAUGAACAGCAUUCUCACAUAGUUAUUUCCCCUCUUGUCCAGGUGGGAGAGGGCAGUGUGAAGUGCAAUUGAGAUUGUGGAUCUGUUGAGGUGGUAUGCGAAUUGGAGUGGGUCCAGGGUGUCUGGGAUGAUGGUGUUGAUGUGUGUCAUGACCAGCCUUUCAAAGUACUUCAUAAUUACAGAUGUAAGUGUUACAGGGUGAUAGUCAUUUAGGCAGGUUACCUUGGAGUUCUUGGGAACAGGGACAAUGUGGGUCAGCUUGAAACAUGUUGGGAUUACAGACUGGGACAAGGAGAGAUUGAAAUUGUGUGUCCCAGAAGUAGCAAUAUAGUUUGGUCACUUAUUUUGAGCAAAUAAAAAAUAAAUAUAUAUUUGAGGAAAGAAGCACCUUGCUUGCUGCAUAUAAAAUAGGCUACAGCGUUCACAAUGAACUGGCGGGGAAGUUUUAAGGGCAAGAGCUUCUCUGGUGCGAUGUGAUCACAUUGGCUGGUGGUAAAAAUGCAAUAAAUGGGAAUCCUGUGUUCUCCCAGCGCCCAAUGGUUAUGUUUACAAUGAAAUGUAUUACGUCAGAAUGCCCAACAUUUUCCUAUCAGUCUAAUUUGCAUAAACAUUGGAUGAUAGCUGUGAGGGUUAUCGAAUCAGGAUCAAAUCCUCUGAUCUCCUCAAGUUCAUAAAUUAUAUUUGGCAAAUGACAGGAGUGGCAAGGAGUGGCAUCAAAUGUAGCUAUGAAGCCAUAUCUGUAUGUAAAGCAAAGGCUAGUCUUCUAAGCAUAACCAAGCUAGCACAUACAGUAACGUUCUGAGAACCAUAUGUUUCUUAGAGCUUGGUGAGAGCGUGGUUGUCCUAUGGUUCUUUUGCAUACAACCUUCCCACAAAGUUCUGGGAAUGGUGCAGAAUACCCAGCUAGCGCAUAACAUUCUGAGAACCAUAUGUUUCUUAGGUAGGAAUUUCAGUACUUCAGCAUAACGUUUUCUGCAGGUUUCCUCAUUGUUCUAUUUAAAGUCAUGUUCUCAGAACAUUAAGAAAAUGUUCCAUUAAAACCACAAGAAAACAUUACUAAUGUUCAAAGAACGUUAUUUAAAAACAUAAACAUUCUCUCUAUCCUCUAUCUUGUUAAGUGUGUUCAGGUGUGUUGGCCAUGCCCACUCAUUGGCCACACCUGAUCUUAAUGAGUUAUUGUUUCCUUUGAAAUGGGGUCUGUUUGAAUAGACUAAAAUGAACGUUUCGAACGGACCCGAGGACAACUAAUCCCGUUCCGUAUAGACCUGGUUGGAUCCAGACCCGGUCCGAUCCGAGUGAGGGAAGCAGCAGAAAAGUCAUUUUUUAAGCUACUUUAUUAGACAGAGCUGGGAGAGUGAUGCAGCCAGCUCUAGCAGGCGGGGGUGGGGCAAUACUGUGAUUGAGUGACACAGGGAGCAUGGAGGAUUCGAUAUCUCCUAACUUAGCCUAUUGCCGCUAUGAUGACUUAUGUAGCCUAUUGCCACUAUAAUGACUUAUGAUUGGCUAACAACAAGCUACACGCUCCACUCUCGUGAAAAGCACGAGCAGCCGCAUAAAUUAUAACAUUUCUCUCUCUCUCUAUUGCAGCUGUCACGUUCGGAUCUAUACGGAUCCUUCCGGAAAAGUCAGUUAAAAUUACACAUACCCAAGACCCGUGACAAUAAUAUCAGAUCCGACCCAGACGUGUGACAUUAUUUUGAAUUCUGGAUCCGGACCUGCUCAGGUCUCGGGUAUUCGGGUGUAGGUGGAUCCGUAAAGACCUCUAAUGCUAGCUCCAUCCUGGUGGCUCAGUGGACUAAUUCCAUAGAUAGAGAACAGAAGGUAAUAGGUUAGAAUCUCACUGACGCUGUGCCACAAUAAAAAAGAAAUGUGUUUGCAUGAUUAAUGCCUAAGCAAAUGAAUUUCCAUGUGUCCUAUCUGUGCUUCAAAACUGUAAACCCAAACUAAGCUAGCAGUGUUAUUAAAAGUCUUAUUGAAACAUGUUCUCAGAACGUUAUUUAAUUACCUUCAAAUGAUUUAUAUUCUCAGAACAUUAAUAAAACCUCCCAGGAGAACAUUCUCAGAACCUUCCUACAACCUAAAAAUGUAUGUUCCCAGAACAGGCAAGAUAUUCACUUCCGUUCUCAGAACGUAAAAAAAUAACAUUCAGUUUUACCAGUCAGAAAACGUAUGGCUUCGUUCCCUGAACCAAUGGGAAACCAAAAAAAGACAUUCCCACAACUUCCAAGGAACCAAAUGUGCUAGCUGGGAAGAGUGUUAUCUUGACCAAACCUGGGUCGUUCAGCAUGCCUGGUAUCGAACCCUGAUCAUGCACGUGCUGAGCUAAAGCUGAGGCAUUAGUUCUGGGAGCUAACAUGAGUCAUCAGCUCUGGUGAGCGUAGUAGUCACCGAAACAUUCCCAGCGACACAAUAUGAGUAUUGUUUCUCUGCUGUCUCUCUCUCUAGCCCAUCCACAGCAGGUCCCAGACCAUGGCAGCUCAGUACCUGCAGCAGAUGUACGCGGCCCAGCAGCAACACAUCAUCCUGCAGACAGCUGCGCUGCAGCAGCAACAGCCACCCAGUAACAGGCAGUCCCCUUCCUUACCCCCUGCUGCCAACACCACGGUGCCCCAGUCAACUGGUACCUCUGUAAGUUGAGCACUCUGGUAUCAUGACUACCAAGACUACCAAUGCCUAGUAAGAUCACUCCAAUUCUGUCUGUCCCCAGAUCACCCUCCCAGCCUCUCCAGUAACAGGCCAGCUGAUUGGUUGUUCUCAGAGUUCCAGCUCCACCACAGGCACGAUUACCCAGCAGGCCAUGCUCCUGGGGAAUUGCUCUGCUUCCUGUAACCAAGCCCAGAUGUACCUUCGCACCCAGAUGGUACCUACCUUCUCUCUCUUAUUGUAACAGCUUUGUAGCGCAUGAUAAACUAUCUACUUGCCCAAAGAUCAUGGGAAGUAAAAAUAAGUAAGCAUGUCUCCUUUUCCACUGAUGUUUUCCAACAUUUUUUCUUUCCCGUUGGGUCUUUCCACUAACUUUUUCCUGCUCUAUUCUCUUUUCUCUUUCUUCUUUGUCUUUUCCCUUGCUUCUGUCUUCUCUCUCUCUCUUCUGUCUCUGUAAGUUGAUUCUGACCCCUGCGGUCACGGUGGCAGCAGUUCAGUCUGACCUCCCUUCUGUCUGCUGCAGCUCCUCUCAACUCUCCGCUUCACAGGUCAGCAACCGCCACCAGGGGCAAGGGUCAAAGGUGAAAGGUUAAGCAUUGCUAGGUUUUACAUGCCUGGCAAGCGAACUAGGCUGUCAUCCGAGGACAGCACAGCAGGAGUUUACAUCUCAAUGCUGCUGACAUGUUAUUUAUACAAAAAAUGUAAGCCUAUGCACUCACUGCACUGUAAGUCGCUUUGGAUAAAGGUGUUUGCUAAGUGGAAUGUAUCUGACUUGACAUGUCAUUGCUCGACAUGAUUAAGUUGCAAUUACCUGAAUAUACAGUGAGGGAAAUAAGUAUUUGAUCCCCUGCUGAUUUUGUACGUUUGCCCACUGACAAAGACAUGAUCAGUCUAUAAUUUUAAUGGUAGGUUUAUUUGAACAGUGAGAGACAGAAUAACAACAAAAAAAUCCAGAAAAACGCAUGUCAAAAAUGUUAUAAAUUUAUUUGCAUUUUAAUGAGGGAAAUAAGUAUUUGACCUCUCUGCAAAACAUGACUUAGUACUUGGUGGCAAAACCCUUGUUGGCAAUCACAUAGGUCAGACGUUUCUUGUAGUUGGCCACCAGGUUUGCACACAUCUCAGGAGGGAUUUUGUUCCACUCCUCUUUGCAGAUCUUCUCCAAGUCAUUAAGGUUUCGAGGCUGACGUUUGGCAACUCGAACCUUCAGCUCCCUCCACAGAUUUUCUAUGGGAUUAAGGUCUGGAGACUGGCUAGGCCACUCCAGGAACUUAAUGUGCUUCUUCUUGAGCCACUCCUUUGUUGCCUUGGCCGUGUGUUUUGGGUCAUUGUCAUGCUGGAAUACCCAUCCACGACCCAUUUUCAAUGCCCUGGCUGAGGGAAGGAGGUUCUCACCCAAGAUUUGACGGUACAUGGCCCCGUCCAUCGUCCCUUUGAUGCGGUGAAGUUGUCCUGUCCCCUUAGCAGAAAAACACCCCCAAAGCACAUGUUCCCCCCCUUGACAGUGGGGAUGGUGUUCUUGGGGUCAUAGGCAGCAUUCCUCCUCCUCCAAACACGGCGAGUUGAGUUGAUGCCAAAGAGCUCGAUUUUGGUCUCAUCUGACCACAACACUUUCACCCAGUUAUCCUCUGAAUCAUUCAGAUGUUCAUUGGCAAACUUCAGACGGCCCUGUAUAUGUGCUUUCUUGAGCAGGGGGACCUUGCUGGCGUUGCGGGCGCUGCAGAAUUUCAGUCCCUCAUGGUGUAGUGUGUUACCAAUUGUUUUCUUGGUGACUAUGGUCCCAGCUGAUCAUUGCAACUCCACGAGGUGAGAUCUUGCAUGGAGCCCCAGGCCAAGGGAGAUUGACAGUUAUUUUGUGUUUCUUCCAUUUGCAAAUAAUCGCACCAACUGUUGUCACCUUCUCACCAAGCUGCUUGGCGAUGGUCUUGUAGCCCAUUCCAGGCUUGUGUAGGUCUACAAUCUUGUCCCUGACAUCCUUGGAGUGCUCUUUGGAAUCUGAUUGAUUGAUUGCUUCUGUGGACAGGUGUCUUUUAUACAGGUAACAAGCUGAGAUUAGGAGCACUCCCUUUAAGACUGUGCUCCUAAUCUCAGCUCGUUACCUGUAUAAAAGACACGUGGGAGCCAGAAAUCUUUCUGAUUGAGAGGGGGUCAAAUACUUAUUUCCCUCAUUAAAAUGCAAAUCAAUUUAUAACAUUUUUGACAUGCGUUUUUCUGGAUUUUUUUGUUGUUAUUCUGUCUCUCACUGUUCAAAUAAACCUACCAUUAAAAUUAUAGCCUGAUCAUUUCUUUGUCAGUGGGCAAACGUACAAAAUCAGCAGGGGAUCAAAUACUUUUUUCCCUCACUGUAUAUCAGGUACAGUAGUGCCCCAGUAUGGAACCCUGUGGGACACCACAUGAUAUCCACAUGAUAUGUUUUUAUAUCAAGCACUUUCUCAGAGACAUUUAGAUUUACGUAUAUAAUAAUACUGCGUUUCCUCUCUCAGGUCCACAGCCUCGCUGUGCAGGCCCAUCUCCCAGGGGCUUUGGCCACUGCCCAGAGUGUCCUGUUGAAGCCGUUCUCCACCCAGCCCCAGACGUUGGUCUCCUCUCUGCCCAAGAUGUCCAUCUGUCCCCUGAGGUCCAGUCAGCAGUAUGACCCCUCCACAGAAACCUCUGGAGCUGAGCCUCGACUGGCUGACGUCACCAGGCUAACAUCAGCAAACCAGCUUAUCGCGCCAGGUAAGUCAGUCACCAUGGCAGGGUCACAACUUUUGUGCUCUGUUGGUUUCGUAUCAGUGUUCUUAAAUAAUACUGGUCCUGAGGCAGGCUUUUGUUCCAGCCCAGAGGAGGUUUACAACACAUAUUAAUGUCUCAAUCACUUUCGUCUGUUAACAUGGUUUUAUUUCAACUCCAGCGUCGUACAUUUUGUUCCAACCUAGUGCAGGUUUAGACCACCUUCAGGUAUAAUCAUGUGGUUCUAUUUCAGCGUCGUACACUCCUGUCCAAUCCCAUGCUGUGGUUAGGCACCAGCUGCACUGUCCUCCGAGCCAUAAGGGGGCACCCCACCAGCACCAACACCAGCUCAUCAUCCAGCAGACCAUAGCAGGAUCCCACCGGCAGCUGCACCCUAUCGCCCUGCGCCUUGCACCCCAAGACACUUCCCCCUCUCUCUUCCCUCUUACCCUCCAGCCCCUGGCCACUCCCACCCACACCACCACCACUGUCCAAUCCCAACCUGGGGAUGGCCUUCCAGUCCUCUCCUCUUCCUGUGAGCCGCCCACCCCUCCCCCUACCCAGCAGACAGUGGUAGUAUCCUCAUCAUCAGCCCCUCCACCUCUUCUGUGUCCCAGCCUGCUCCAGCCCCAGCCCCAGCUCCACCGCCAGCCCCAGCUCCAGCCCCCCACCCUGCGUCUUGGCCCCAUCUCCCAGGCCUCUCUCCCCAGGCUGCUCCAGUCUCCACCGGCCUCCCUCCAGAGGUUGUCCCUGCGCACAGUCCAAGCCCUGGCAGUGCAGUCCACUGGGGUUCUGGUGUCGGAAGAGCUGCCUGUGGCAGAGGCGCUGGUCCAGAUGCCUUUCCAGAACCAUCACCCUCCACAAACUUUCCAGAAUCUAUCACAGACGUUCCAGAACCCUCCCCAGACGUUCCAUAAUCUCUCCCCGCCCCAGACUGUAGCUGUGGACCUGAAGGUGAAGCCAGCCACACUACGCACCCAGAACCCAGAGGAGAGGACAGAGGAGAUGAGAGAGGAGAUGAGAGAGGAGAGGACGACCCCUCCACCCACACUCUCUCCAUCGGCUGGUUCAGACAGACUCUGUAAAGACAUACAGCCCGCCCAUACAGAGAACUGCACAGGUACACGGCACAAUAGCAUUUACUUUUUUUAUUACUUAACUUUACCUUUUGCACUAUUUACUAUUUGUAUACUAAAUCGAUAAAGCACACUGACAUACAUUAACUGCCUCUCUCUAUCUAUGCUCGGCUCCAUCUACCAGGCAGGUUGGAUUUCCCCUGCGUCCCUCCGUCCAGCCGCUCCGUUAUCCACUCGUCCCAAGACUCCUCCUCUUACACCAGCUGCUCCCCCCCUCCCCUCCUGCCCUCGGCCGCGGUAAGAAGCCCCGGCCAAUCCCCCUCAGCCUCAGCCACCCUACCAGGGAGCCCUGAGAGAGCUAGACCUCUCAUCCUCACUCACAUCAUAGAGGGGUUCGUCGUCAGAGAGGCCCUGCAGCCGUUCCUCCCGGUACCGUUCCCGGUAUCGUUCAUCCCGGUAUGUCCACUGGUGGGUGUGUUAACCAAGCUCCACAGUGUACACAGGCACUGGCCUGGUUCAUUGUCACCAAAGGCACUGAGGCCAGUGCCAGCUCUAGCCUUUUGGGGGCCCUAAGCGAGAUUUGGUUGCCCCCCCCCCCCCCCCCCCCCAACAAGCGGGCAAAAUCGUAUAGUGGUCCCCCUCUUGACGGCGGAGAGAGAUUGAUUUCCUGCAAUUCUACACAUUCUGGCAUGGGGUGUAGAGAAAAUGUUGCAGUUUUAAACCAAGUUUUCUGCAGUUCCACACAUUUUGCCAAGACUUAUGACAUGUUAAUUAUAUCUGAGUGAGAGUGACUAACAUACACCUUGUGUAUUCUACUAUUCUAACUCUCAACAGCAAGUUGAGACCCCGACUGAGUUCCUUUUUUGGGGUCGGGGCCCCCUAGCGGCCGCUUAUGUCGCUUAUGCCUGGAGUCGGCCCUGCGACUGAGCCCAGCUAGCACAUAACGUUCUGAGAACCAUUUGUUUCUUAGAGCUUGGUGAGAGCGUGGUUGUCCCAUGGUUAUUUUGCAUGUUCUUAAAUUGUUCCGAGAACGUUAAGAACAUUUUCCAUAAAAACUUUAGUAACGUUCUAAGAAUGUUAUUUAAAAACAUAUACAUUCCGUUCUUAGCAUCAACAAAACUCUCUCUAUCCUCUAUCUUGUUAAGUGUGUUCAGAUCAGAUAGGUAGGACUGGUGGAGUUAUGUCGCACAUGCAGCUAACAAAAAUAUAUGGAAAUGUUUGCUCUAACCAAAAUUACAACCAAAUAAUUGCAGCAUUACCGCAAAAAUGGAAGAAGAAAAUGGAAGGGGGAAAAAGUAAGGAACUGAAGAUCUCGUACAACGCUGUGUACUACUCCCUUCACAGAACAGCGCAAACUGGCUCUAACCAGAAUAGAAAGAGGAAUGGGAGGCCCCGGUGCACAACUGAGCAGGAGGACAAAUACAUUAGUGUCUAGUUUGAGAAACAGGUGCCUCACAGGUCCUCAACUAGCAGCUUCAUUAAAUAGUACCUUCAAAACACCAGUCUCAACGUCAACAGUGAAGAGGCGACUCAGGGAUGCUGACCUUCUAGGCAGAGUUGCAAAGAAAAAGCCAUAUCUCAGACUGGCCAAUAAAAAUAAAAGAUUAAGAUGGGCAGUCUGAGAUAUGGCUUUUUCUUUGCAACUCUGCCUAGAAGGUCAGCAUCCAAAAUGUCCACUUCCAUUCUCAGAACGUUUAAAAAAACGUUCAGUUUUACCGGUCAAGAAAUGCAUCUCCCGAGUGUCGCAGUGGUCUAAGGCACUGCAUCGCAGUGCUAGCUGUGCCAUUAGAGAUCCUGGUUCGAAUCCAGGCUCUGUCGUAGCCGGCCGCGACCGGGAGACCCAUGGGGCGGCGCACAAUUGGCACAGCGUCGUCCAGGGUAGGGGAGGGAAUGGCCGGCAGGGAUGUAGCUCAGUUGGUAGAGCAUGGCGUUUGCAACGCCAGGGUUGUGGGUUCGAUUCCCACGGGGGGGGGCAGUAUGAAAAAAAAUAUAUAUAUAUAUAAAAAAAGAAUAAAAAAAAAGAAAAAAAAAAAAGAAUGUAUGCACUCACUAACUGUAAGUCGCUCUGGAUAAGAGCGUCUGCUAAAUGACUAAAAUGUAAAAAUGUAAUGUAAAAUGUAUUGCUUCGUUCCCAGAACCAAUGGGAAACCAAAAACAUACAUUCCCACAUCUUCCAAGAAACCAAAUAAGCUAGCUAGUAGCUUAGUCCCAGUCACACCUCAUGCGUCACUCUCCCUCACUGUGAGAGCACUGCAUCAAGAACCCCCAACCUCCCAGAUAUAAAAUGUCCGCUUGAACAAGCAGUCUCCCACUGGUAGUGGAUUAGUAAGCAUUAUGUUCAGCCCUCUAUAGUGGUAUAUGUUGUGUAUGUGAUCCAGUGGUGUGUUCCUGCUUCAGAUGGGCCGUUCCUCUUUGGGGGCGGACCAGCAGGCCACGCUUCCUGAAGCCCGGGAGGUGAGAACCAAUGGGGAUCCAACGCCUGAGAUGAGAUCCAAUAAGGAUUCGGCUCCUGAAAUGAGAACCAAUGGGGAUCGAGUGUCUGAGAUGAGAACCAAUGGGGGUCUAGGGCCAGAGGAGAGCCUGAUGGAUGCUGAGCAGCCAGACAAUGACUCAGACAUGGAUGAUACCCCUACCCAGGACGGUCAGUACCGGUGUGUGUGUGUGUGUGUCUGUGUCCGUCCAUCUGUCUGUGUGUCUGUCUAACAGCUUAUCAUCUCCUGCUGUACUAUAGAGCCUACUGCUGAGAGCCUGGUAGAUGUGCUGCAGUGUGAGUUCUGUGGGAAGAGAGGCUACGUUCACACCUUCCUCCGAUCCAAACGAUUCUGCUCCAUGACCUGUGUCAGGAGGUGAGUCCUGUUUCCCCUAUAGGGUUGCAGAAUUCCUGGGUUUUCCAGAUAUCCCAGUUGGAAGAUUCCUGUAGUUCCUGGUUAUUCACUCCUGAUUCCAGGAAUCUGCCUAUCUGUUUUCUUGAAAAAUCUGAAUUUUGGUAACGUUACCAGAAUUUUGCAACAUUAUUCCCGACCCAGAUUAAGCCCCUGAAGCCGAGAUGUGGACUUGUAUUUAAAAACCAUAUGUAACUGUUCUCUUCCAGGAUCAAGGGGAAUCUAGACACCCCAACUAGAAUUUUUGGGAUGUUAUGGUGUUCUGUGGAAUAUCUCCCCUGGAUGGCUAAACUCCAGAAACCUUAUCUACAGAUCUCAUCUCUCUCUCUCUCUCUCUCUCUCUCUCUGUCCCCUCCCCCCUCCUGUCAGGUUCAAUGUGAGCUGUACGAAGCGUCUGAGCGUGUUGAAGGUGGACAAGGCCAGUCGUUGGGGCCACAGGCCGAUGGGCCGAAGAGGACGACCCCCAGGGAGGGUCAACGGGGGCACCAGAGAACACUUCCUCCUCAGACAGGUCAGAUGUCAUAGCCUGGUCCCAGAUUUAGCAUAUCUAGCCAGCUAUCCUAUGGUCAUUGUCAACGCCAGUCAUGACAAGACAGUUUGCAAAACAACACAAACAAGGCAACAGUAAAAAUGUCAUCCCCCACGAAUGAUGCAGCCUUGGGCCAAUUGAGAUAUCGCGUGUAACUAAGACAUUUCUGUUAAUAACUAUAGCUCCCGUCUUGGGGCAAUCAGUGUAAUUUUGUAAAUGCCGGAUCUCUAUGGCAAGAUGCAUAAUUCACCCAAGUUUAGUCAAAAUCGGGCCAGUGCUGUCUGAGAUAUCGCGUGUGACUAACGCACAAAUGAAUGGCCGCACAGAGACAGAUCUACAGUCCCCUCCCCAAUUUCAUCCUGGGGGACAACAAAUCUGAAACCAGGCUAGGUCAAUCGGACAGACAGAAUGGAUAAACAACUUUGCAAUUCUCUGGUCUACUUACAGUAUGAAACCCCAAACUGUUAUCACUCAGAGUGUUACAUAGGUAAACGUCUGAUCAUGGUCAUGUUGGGUUUUCCACUGCAGGUGCAGGGGCCCUACGGCUCUGAGGAGACACAGAGAACAUUGAGGGGAGAAGGGGAAGAGGAAGAUGAGCCCCCUGUCCCCAUGAUCACCAGGCUGCGCCGGCAGGAAGAGAGGGAGAGAGAGAGGGAGCAGGGAAGACAGAGAAAAGAUACGUUCAUAUCCUCUGGUGAACAGACCGCAGGAGGAAGACAAGAAUGUAGUGACAAUCCAACACAGUGGAGCGUGGAACAAGUCUGCUCCUACAUCAACUCUCUACCAGGUAUCAUGAAUAUGUCAUACCAGGGGGGACUUAAAGCUGCUGUAGCCAAUACUGUAAUGGAUGUACAUAUCAUAUCUUAUACAAUAUCACUGGGGCCAGGAGUUUUUCUUGCUCAGGUCACAUCUCCUGGCCCUAAACUCCUCUCUUUCCACCUUCCUCUUCCUCUCACCCCAAUUUCUUCUUUCUUCCCCCUCUCUCUCCACCCUCUUCCUCCUCUCUCUCCACCCUCUUCCUCCUCCUCCUCUAGGUGGGCGGGACAUAUCAGAGGAGUUCCGUUCCCACGAGAUUGACGGCCAGGCCCUCCUAUUGCUGACAGAGGAUCACCUGAUGACAGCCAUGAACAUCAAACUAGGACCCGCCCUCAAACUCUGUGCCCACAUCAACUCUCUGAAGGAACCAUGAACACAGGACAGGGCCCAUCUGGUCAAAGGUAGUGCACUAUAUAGGAGAUACGGUGCCAUUUGGGAUGCGAACGAGAGGAGCACCCUUAUCAGACUUAGAGGAUAUGGGAUUCUAGGAAGAAAUAACACACACACACACACAUACACUUGCUCUCUGCCUUUUAACUCUGUGAGAAGCAGCGAGUUGUAA